AUGAAUCGUACUGACAUUCAUCUACUUGAUCUACCUGUUGAGAUAUUACUUAAGAUCUUAAAAGAAUUGAACAAUGUAGAUGUUCUCUAUUCAUUGAUCGGAGUUGAAGGACUUAACAUUCUAGCACAAGAUGAAAUAUUUACAAACACUCUCAAUUUUGCGUUUACCGAUAAUAAUGAUAAUUAUUCAAUGGAUGAACCAAUGUUAAAUCGAUUUUGCAAGGAUAUAUUACCUCGAAUUCAUUACAAUGUUAAAUGUCUUUAUUUGAAAACAACAACUAUGGAUCGUAUUCUACAUGCUGGUGUUUAUCCAAAUCUAACUCAACUCAAAAUAUUCCAAUUUCAUGGAAAUUUGUUUUCACACUUUUGUACAGAUUGUAUUGAACCAUCUUUUACUAAUAAUGCAGUAUUAUCAUUUGUUGAUUUACCAUCAAAUACUUUUGUUUCUUCAAAUCUAACUAAAUUACGGAUCACUGUGGAUAGUUUUGGAGAUUGUCUUCGAUUACUUGAUGGUCGUCUCAAUCAAUUGUCUACAUUUAUUGUUAUUAUCGUUAAUGUCAAAGAUUCUUCAUCAACGGAAUUCAAUUCAAAUGUUCUACAGAAUUUGAAACGUUUCUCAUUGACAUAUGAAUCUUUAACCAAUGAAUAUGAUAAUCAAGUUGUACCUCUUCUUCGUCAAAUGUGUAAUCUUCAAGAUUUAACAUUAUAUAUUCAAAUCAAGGAACGAAAUAGACUCGUCGAUGGCAUUCAACUUGAAAAUGAUGUUCUUAUUCAUUUGUUAAAGCUUCAAACAUUUGUUUUUUAUAUCUGUACUUUAACUUAUUCCAAUAAUCCUGUUACUCCUUUAUCAAAUGAUGAUAUUCAACGAACUUUUUCUAAUGUUAAAUUUGGACAAGUUGGCUGUACACAGUCAAAAGAUUCAGCUAGAUCUGAACAUGACAAUAAUGAAUCAUUUGAGGUUGUCCAAUAUCUUCAUCUUAGAUCACUUGAGUUUUGCCUUACACAUAUUGAUUAUGUUGAACAAAUGUUAAAUGAAUCAAAAACACAUUUACCUUGUCUAACAGAAUUAGUGAUUGAUUAUGAUCAAUUGAAAACUAUAACAAAUAACUUUACUAGAGAUGCAACGAGACUUAAUUGUAUCAAUGUGGAAGAAUUAGAGUUUCACAAUUUUAUCAAUCUUGAUGAUAGUGAUUAUCAAUGGACAAUAGCACAAUCAAAAGAUUUUCACGUUUAUUUUCCGUUGUUGAAAAAUUGUGAUUUUUUGUAA